GCGAGCGAGCGGAGCCAGAGCGCUGCGGGCUCACAAAGCGGCCGGACGCGCGGCGGCGGGAGGCAGAAGCGCAAGGGAGCGAGCCCCCGGAUCAGCCUUCUCGGCGACCGCGCCACAGGAGCUCGAGCAACUCGGUCGCGGGCACCCGGGCCGGGCCCCAAGAUGCCAGCGAUCGCGGUGCUCGCGGCGGCCGCCGCGGCGUGGUGCUUCCUGCAGGUCGAGAGCCGGCACCUGGAUGCGCUCGCCGGGGGCGCGGGCCCCAACAACGGCAAUUUCCUAGACAAUGACCAGUGGCUGAGCACAGUCUCCCAGUACGACCGGGACAAGUACUGGAACCGCUUUCGAGAUGAUGAUUAUUUCAGAAACUGGAAUCCCAACAAGCCUUUUGACCAAGCCCUGGACCCAUCCAAAGACCCCUGCCUGAAGGUGAAGUGCAGCCCUCACAAGGUGUGCGUGACCCAGGACUACCAGACCGCCCUGUGCGUCAGCCGCAAGCACCUGCUCCCCAGGCAAAAGAAGGGGAACAUGGCCCACAAACACUGGGUUGGACCUUCGAAUUUGGUCAAGUGCAAGCCCUGUCCCGCGAUACAGUCCGCCAUGGUCUGCGGCUCUGAUGGCCACACCUAUACAUCCAAGUGCAAGUUGGAGUUCCAUGCUUGUUCCACUGGCAAGAGUCUCACCACCCUCUGCGAUGGGCCCUGUCCGUGUCUCCCGGAACCCGAGCCGCCAAAACACAAGGCAGAAAAGAACGCCUGCACGGACAAGGAGUUGAGGAACCUCGCUUCCCGGCUCAAAGACUGGUUCGGGGCGCUUCAUGAGGAUGCCAACAGAGUCAUCAAGCCCACCAGCUCCGACGCAGCCCAAGGCAGGUUUGACACCAGCAUCCUGCCCAUCUGCAAGGACUCCCUGGGCUGGAUGUUCAACAAGUUGGACAUGAACUACGACCUCCUGCUUGACCACUCAGAGAUCAACGCCAUCUACCUGGAUAAGUACGAGCCCUGUAUCAAGCCUCUCUUCAAUUCUUGUGACUCCUUUAAGGAUGGCAAGCUCUCCAACAAUGAGUGGUGCUACUGCUUCCAGAAGCCUGGAGGUCUCCCUUGCCAGAAUGAAAUGAACAGGAUUCAGAAGUUGAGCAAAGGAAAAAGCCUGUUGGGAGCGUUCAUACCUCGGUGUAAUGAGGAGGGCUAUUACAAAGCCACUCAGUGCCACGGCAGCACAGGGCAGUGCUGGUGUGUGGAUAAGUACGGGAACGAGCUCGCUGGCUCCAGGAAACAGGGCGCUGUGAGCUGCGAAGAGGAGCAGGAAACUUCAGGGGAUUUUGGCAGCGGCGGCUCUGUAGUCCUCCUGGAUGACCUGGAGGAUGAACGGGAGCUGGGCCCCAAGGACAAGCGGGGGAAGGCAAGGGUGCACAUCCGGGCAGUGACGGAGGAUGAUGAGGACGAGGACGACGACAAGGAGGAUGAGGUUGGGUACAUAUGGUAGUCCCCACGGGGAAGAGGACCCGAGGCUUGCACAAAAUGGCAAGUCACUUCCCGUUCCUGCAUUUGUAUCUAAGACUCCACAGCACACGGCCUCGUCUCCAUUGUUGCCCUCUCUACCCAACCUGAGGUUUGGAAGACAACUCCUUGUCCCCAGAGCAUUCUGACUCUGCAUACGGUGUGUGGGAAGAACAUUAUGUUUUGGUUGUUUAGACAGGGGAAUGGCUGGCUGAAUUAGAGCCUCCUUCCCGCCCAGGAGGUUAUUUUGGUUUUGCUUUUUUUUUGUUUGUUUGUUUGUUUGUUUUUGCAACAUGCAUGUGAUUUAUGCGGGAUUCUGACAGUGCAGGGAGCCCCCCACCCUCUCAAUGUCAAAGACCCUUUCAGUCACCCACACCAGUGGAUAUUACAGCAUGGUUCCCGGCCUUACCGUGUCUAAGUGCUUUUCUUGUGUCCUGUAGAUGUUGUGGAAAACACACCGCACUGUACCUGUUUCCCCCUGCGCCCCCACCACCCCUGGUGUUUAUUAUUAUUUGCCAAUUAGGUUUUCACAUCACUUGAUCUGGCUCCCUACCAACAACAGCCUUAAUUCAGUCACGACUCCCUUUGGGGACUUGAUUUUUCUUCACUAAAAAAAAAAAAAAAAACAAAACGGUGUCUGGAUGCCUCUCUCUGUACGUACAUAAACACGUAAGUACAUACAGAAGAGACUGCACACACCUCUCAGAAGAAAGGUUUGGGUAUCUAUUAAAAACUCAUUUGAAAAACAAGUACACAUUUGUCAGCUUGCCCAGACCUGGACCACGAUUUCUGGAAUAGGAAAUGUGUACGGAAAUCCUCCUCUUUUUGCACUAACGGUUGGCACUUGUAGCCUGCAGGCGGAGGAGGCUGCUUCUCUCUGCAGCAGCAGAGUCACAAGAAGCCGCUUUGAUUUGGAUAAGCCUCUGUCUGCCUCAGUCACUUUCCUCGCAGAAGCCAUGCGACUCCCACGUGGGCAGCUUCACAAGCCACUGCUCUCAUUUCAGCUCAAACCCCCCUCGGGCUGCAGCAGUUCUGCUUGCUGCAGGCUCCUCCUUUCCCUACCUACUCAAGGGCUUUUUCUAAGGCAUGGACACACACCCCCUGCUCUCUGAGAAGACAGCCCCACGCUGUUCCUUAGCAGAAGGAAAUUCAGAAUCCUUAACUCAGUGUGUGUGUUUCCCCCCCUAUUAUCCUCAAACCACGAUAAGCGUACAAAAGCUGGGUAGACGUUUCACUCACUCCUCACGUGCAAGAGACUCUCAGAUGGAGGCCUAGGAAGCACCUCACGAUAGCACAUGGGAAGCUGAGGCUGGAUUUUUACGAGCUAGUCAGUCCUGCCCUCUCCCUUCCCCCACGCAAGUGUCAGAGCACAGAGGAAGAGUGGCCUUCACCUCUGGUGCUUCUCUUCCCUAAGUCAACUCACAGUUCAAGUCUGGCUCCAAAGUUGGUAGGUCCUCGGCUCUAUCGUCUUGAGGAUUUUUCUCCCUAUCAAGCCGGCCUGCGUAUACGUACCAAAGAGUAGUCUUCAAAGUGGCCCCACUGAGGUCAGUCCAGGGCUUUAAGCCCCUGCCCCACCCGGUUUCCACCUACUGGAUGACCUCAUCGGCCACCCGGCGAGGCUCUCUGGGCCACAUGUGUUGUUCUCCCCUUGCCGCGCUCCAGCCACUCCACAAGGAGAUAAAAACUCAGGCAAAAAAUGUAUUCAGCCAAACCGUGAUUAUAGUGGCAGCUGACCAACCCCACCCCAAACUGACCAUUUGUUUGUACUUUACCAGCCCACCUCAAGCUAGUAUUUUCCAUCUUUGCAUUGGUCAGGCCCCUUAGCAUUAUCCCUGGAGUUGGCUCAGAUGGGAAUGAACUUGAUGUAUGUAUCAGGCUCAUUUGGCCUGAUAGACAUGAGUACAGCCAAGGCCCUCAGCAGGGGGUGACUGACCAGAGGCAAGCUCUGUAUUGGGAUCUCAACUCCAUCACCUCUUUUCAGUGGAACAAAACUGAGAUAAUUGAGAAAACAGGUGCUUAAUUGCAGCUCAAUUACAAUCGAGUAUAAUAAAAGAACCAAGACAUAUUAAAAAAAAAAAAAAUCUCAGUUUAGACCAUCAAAGAAAACCAUUGUUACUAUCUCCUCUGAGCUUGGAAAAACACUUAAGAGAACAAAUUAAAAUCAACAAAUUGAUUUCAUUUAGAGAAACUUCCAGGAACAGAGUGAACCACUGGUUUUAAUUUGCCUAAUUAUCUUAUGACGAGUGUCAAAUUAAGAUGACACUUACAGAUCCUUAGCAUUAACUUAAUGAUGGAGAAGAGGGCUCUGUAGUCACUUCCCAGUAAGGUAAUGAGAUGCUCAUUUUCAGAUAGUCCGAGAAGCUAUUUUGGUUCAUUAAAAUAUUAACUAAAAAGCUCUCUUAAGACUGGAACCCAAAAGCAAUGGAGCAACAUUAAUGCCACUUCUCAUGCCUCACUUUGGCAAGACAGCAUUUGAUUCUUUUAAAGGUACUUUUUUGACGAUUCGAUGUUCUAGUUACUUUAGCCUUAGAAGAAGAAUUUUUGUUUUCCUUUUUUUUUUUUUUUUUUUUUUUUGGUAGGAGUUCUUUAGCUAGUGACUAUACACAAAAAUCUUGAUGAAAAAAAAGUACUGUGAGCAUCAUUUCCUUGAAGACAGGUGUGGCGCUGAAACUUCCUGACUCAUUUUUGGGACCCCUUUAGUCAAUAGGUUUAUUCUUAUACCGUAAAUGAUUCUUUGACUUUAUACCAUUUCUUCAGCAUCCAAGUUAAACUAAGAACUUCCUUCCACAAUCAGUUGUCUGCUAGUGUUCUUCUUGUCUCCACGAACACCUUGAUACUGAAGUUGAUGUGCUCUAUCAGUUCCUCCUCCUUUACGCCCUUUUUCCCAGGCCCAGCAAUGAGUGACCACGUGUCUGUCCAGGUCUGCCCCUCUGCUCUGCCCAGGAUGCCAUUUACCCUUUUGGGUUGUUGCAUUUUGUUUCUCCUUGGCCGCACUGUGCAGUACCAUCCAAGAGCCCUUUCUACAGUGGGUGGUUUUGGUCUUUUUAUACCUUUUUCUCAAAGUCGCUGAUGUUUGUCCCUGUUCAGUGUGUAGCGUUGUAAUGAGCCCACCAAAUCCUACGUGUCAGUUUGUUGUCCCUCCUGUAGAUGAAAUAGUGGAGUAGAAAAACCUAGUAACUUCCGAAUGCUUUCCCACGUAGACUUCUCUGGAAUGUGAACACGACUCUUUGGUUAAUAGUAAAUGCUUAAGUGUAGUCCUGAGUAGGUGCAUUUCUGUCUGUCUCAAUAAAUUUUAAUUUGUCUGCAA